UUAAUAAAACGCGAUUCAAAUUAAAGCUAAAACUUACAGAAAUAUGGAUAGACCGUCCAUAAACGGAAACUAAAACGAAUAUUAUAAUCAGAGAGCAAAUUUUCUUUCUGUUAUAAUAAACAAUCGCUUACAGUUUUGGCGGUACACUUUUCGUCCAUUUUCAUGCAAUAGGGGGAGCUAUGUAUCUUCCGUGUACCUAACUUGAUGCACGGGUAUAUUUUAAAGAACAAGGAUUUUGUAAUUUUCUAUUCUUCGUGUCGACCAAAGUGACUGAUUUCAGAAGAAUGCAAAGACUAAGAAAUAAACUACAAGUUAACAAGCUUUAAACGAUAAGCAUAUUGCAUUGACGUGAGGAAAUAGGUCAGAUUUCUGAACGUACCAGAAUUUGGCGGGCAACGCUACGCGCAGUUUUCUGAUUUUAUGGACGCUCACUGGAGGCGAAUGCAUUGACAUUGUCUUGUUACCCUGUUCGUUAGAAUAGCAGUGCAUCGCUUUGAACUUUAAACGGAAACGAUCUAAAACGGUAAUAGAAUUCGCCGAAGACGGAGGAAUGAAUCCCGAUUUGCCGUACUGUGUAGAAUAUGCGAAAAGUUCGCGAGCUUCUUGCCAAACGUGUAAAAAUUCUAUCCAAAAGGACACGCUGAGACUCGCCGUGAUCGUCCAGAGUCCCGUUCACGAUGGAAAGGUCCCAAAGUGGUACCAUUUUAAAUGUUUUUUCGUUAAACAAAGACCAAAAGCUAUUGGAGAUAUUGGAAAUUUCGAUAAUAUCCGUUGGGAAGAUCAGAAGGAGAUUCAGAAGAAAAUUGAGGAGUGUAUAAAUCUACCACCACCACCAUCUGGGAGAGGAAAAAAGCGAGUUAGCAAUGCUGCUGCAGGUCCCUUACGUGAUUUUUUGGUUCAAUAUGCAAAAUCUAGUAAAUCGACUUGUGUAGCUUGCCAGGAAAGAAUAAUACAGAAGGAGAUAAGAGUAUCGAAAAAAGAUUACGAGAGCGAGAAUGCCAGAAGGUUUGGCGGUCUCGAUAGAUGGUAUCAUCUGGAAUGUUUUGCCAAAGUGAGACAAAAUGUAGAAUUUUUCGAGAGCGGUGAUAUGCUUCCUGGCAAAGAAGAUCUUUCCAAAGAUGAUUUGAAGAAAGUUAAAGAUGCUUUACCGAAAAUUAAAUCGGACGAUGCGCCACCGGUAAAAAAAAUAAAAGGCGAGCCGGAGGACGCAGAGGAAGAGGCAGAAUUGAAAAAACAAACAGACGCUUUGUUUGCUAUUAAAGAUACAUUAUCUUCCAUAAAAAAAUCUGAUCUCAUUGCUAUGUUGCAAGCUAACAAUCAACGGGUUCCAGAGGGAACGUCAGCCAUAAUUGAGUAUUUGGCGGAUGUAAUCUGUUUUGGAACUUUAAAACCCUGUCCAAAAUGCAACGGUCAACUUGUAUAUCGUUCUGGCGUUGGAUACGCUUGCACCGGAGAUUUAACAGAAUGGACCAAGUGCGAAAAUGUGACUCAAGAUCCAAAAAGAAAAAAAUUCUCGUUGCCGUCAGAUCUGAAAGCGGAGUACCCGCAACUGAAAGCUUUGAAAUUCAAAGUUAAAAGACGGCUUAUAAAGGUAACCGCGCCGUCAACAUCUAGCGCCGUGAAGAAGGAGGACACCGUCGACUCUGGACCUCUAGUCGAGACAAAACCAAAACCGUUGAAGCACAUGCAGUUCGUGAUUAUAGGCCAAUUCAAGGACAAAGACGCUAUGAAGAGAGAUAUCAUGCUCUUAGGUGGAGAUGUAGUAACAAAGCUCACUGAGAGUGUAGCUGCUGUAAUAUCUACACAGAAUGAAAUCGAUAAAAUGAAUAAAAGGAUGGAGGAAGCUGAGAAGCUCGAUAUUCAAGUGAUUACGCGAGACUUUAUCGACGAAGCUAAAGAAUAUACGAAGCCUGCCAUAUCGCUUAUAAAGAAGAAAACAAUUUCGAGCUGGGGCGGCGAUUUAUCAAGCAGGAUCAACGUGGUAGCGGAGAAAUCUGCUGCGAAGAGCAGGGGCAAAAGUGUUUUCGAAAAAUCGGGAUCCGGCAAGGUGAAAUUGCAAUUGAAAGAAGGCGGAGCCGUGGAUCCGGACAGCGGUUUACAGGAUUGCGCGCAUGUUUAUCAGAAAGGCAACGACAAAUAUACCGUGACGUUGGUAAAUACCGACAUACAAAGUAAAAAGAACAGCUACUACAAACUACAGAUUUUAAAGCAUGACAAGAAAAAUAAGUUUUGGCUGUUCAGAAGUUGGGGCAGGAUAGGAACCACUAUUGGUGGAACGAAAUUGGAUGAAUUGCCUUUGGACGAUGCCAUAGAACAGUUUGAAAGUUUGUACGAAGAGAAGAGCGGGAACAUGUGGAAACACAGGGAAAACUUCUUCAAGGUACCACACAAGAUGUAUCCGGUCGAUGUCGAUUAUGGAGAAGAUGUGCCAGAUAACUUAUUAGAGUCCGAUAUCAAGAGCGAGCUGGAAAAACCGAUUCAAGAUCUGAUGAAAUUGAUCUUCGACGAAGCGUCCAUGAAGAAGGUGAUGGCAGAGUUUGAGAUCGAUACGGACAAGAUGCCGCUUGGAAAAUUGUCUAAGAAACAGAUUCAAAAAGCUUACACAGUAUUAACGGAACUGCAAGAAACGUUGAAGAAGAAAGACCCCGAUCGUGUUCUAUUGCUCGACGCGUCCAAUAGAUUUUAUAACUUGAUACCUCAUAAUUUUGGUGUAGAUGAACCGAAAGUUUUGGAAACUGUAGAAGAAAUCCAUGCCAAGUGCGAAAUGCUGGACGCGUUACUCGAAAUGGAAAUCGCCUAUUCUCUUUUGCACAGCAAGACUGACAAGACAGUCAAUCCGCUCGAUGCCCAUUACAAACAACUGAACGCCGAAAUUGAUGUGCUGGAUAAGGAAAGCGAGGAAUACAAGAUCAUCGAACGAUACCUGCAGAACACGCACGCGUCGACUCAUACUCAAUACAAGCUCGAGAUCGAGGACGUGUUCGUCGUCAAGAGACAGGGAGAAGAGAGCAGAUACAAACCGUUCAAGAAGUUACCGAAUAAGAAAUUGCUGUGGCACGGUUCUCGCACUACCAACUUCGCUGGUAUACUCUCUCAAGGCUUGAGAAUCGCUCCACCGGAAGCACCCGUUACCGGUUACAUGUUCGGCAAGGGUAUUUACUUUGCAGACAUGGUUUCUAAGUCUGCAAACUAUUGUUGCACGCACAGCGGAAAUCCUACGGGUUUACUACUGCUUUGUGAGGUAGCACUGGGCAAUAUGUAUGAAAGAUACCAAUCGGAUUACAUCGAGAAAUUGCCAAGCGGAAAACAUUCGACUUGGGGUCGUGGUCAAACACAACCAGAUCCUAACGACGUUCACAAGACUAAAGACGGUGUUGAAGUUCCAUACGGUUUGCCUGUUCCUGCUAAACUGCCCAAAAAAUCUGCUCUGUUGUACAAUGAAUACAUCGUGUACGAUGUUGCUCAAGUGAAAGCGCGAUACUUGGUAAGAUCGAAUUUCAAAUACGAAGUAUAGACUUAAAAUGCAGUUUGAAAGUGAUAUUGUUCAACAUAUUCUACUAUCUUCCUUUCACACAUUGUGAAUAUAAAUUGCGCUAUUGAUAUUAUAUACUUGUUCCAUUGCUACAUACUACCUCUACCAUUGUUCUGAUAAUUACAUAAAUACAGUUAUAUGUACUAUUAUU